AUUUCUGCUCCACCCAAGUGAACCUGACACUUGGUUUCAACUGUGUUUUCUGCAUCUCUAAACGAAAAAAUCUUAAAAACACAUUACUUUACCACGGCCCCUUCCCUGAGGUGAUCAAGUCUCGCCCACGGAACAACCGUCCUGGAUUAUUUGGAAUAUGAAGAGAUCAUUUCCCCUCUCACAACCUACUUAUGAAUACCUCAGUGGUAUCGAGAAUAAACUCAAUGACCUGUUUAUUAGGAAAUUUUACUGUGAAGUUAAGUUAAAGGGACCAAAAUUACAGUCCAGACCAGAAGAUUCUGUAAUGGUUUAUAAGAAAACUCUUCCAUGUGGCCUCAAGAUUAGUGUGUGGAAGGAUGAUAUGACAAGGCAAGAUACUGAUGCUGUUGUUAAUGCAGCCAAUGAGCAACUUUGUCAUGCAGGAGGUCUAGCCUUUGCACUUGCAAAGGCUGGAGGGCCACAGGUUAAUUAUGAGAGCCAGAAUUUUGUUUUUAAAAAUGGACCAGUAAAAACUGGCUCUAUUGCACUGACAUCAGGUGGGAAUCUUCCCUGUAAGGAGAUUAUUCAUGCAGUAGGACCACAGUGGAGUGAAUUUAAUCAGAAAGAAUGUAAACAUAAGUUGUUUGAAGUUAUUACAAAUGUUCUUAAUUAUGUGAAAUUUAAUAGAGUUAUCAAAUCUGUGGCCAUCCCAGCAGUGAGCUCUGGGAUCUUUGGCUUCCCGUUAAAGGAUUGUGCAGAAAUUAUUGUAUGUGCAGUCAAGCAGUUUUGUGAUGGAUUUUACGAAAACCAUUUAAAAGAGAUUAGAUUUGUGAACAACGAUGACAAAACAGUCAGUGCCAUGAAAUAUGCCUGUGAGAAUAUAAUUGGGUCAAGUGACCGUUCCAGUGAUUUUCCGAGGGCAGCACAAGCAUCAUCUCCUAUUCACCAGCAGAAUCUGACACAACAGGGACCACAAUACAUUAAUAUCAAUGGCCUGAAUCUUUACUUAAAACAAGGAUGCAUUGAGGAUCAAACGACAAACGUUAUUGUAAAUUCUGUAUCUUCAGACCUGAAUCUAAAUAUUGGAAAUAUCUCAAGAGCAAUUCUUAAUAAAGCAGGUCCUAAACUGCAGUCUGAAAUUUUCCAAGCAGGAAAAGAGCAUGGUGCAAAAAAAGGAAUCAUAGCAACAAAUGGAUGCACAUUACCUUGCAGUUUUGUAUACCAUGUCAUAUUGCAAAAUGACGGUGCAGUAUGUCAGGUUUUGAGGAAUUCUGUUCAUCAGUGUUUGGAAAUGGCACAUAAUGGUUUUGUGACUUCAAUCUCAUUUCCAGCUUUGGGAACUGGAUUACUUGGUAUUCCCAAGCAAGUGGUGGCCGACCUAAUGGUGGAUACUGUUGUUACAGUUGCACAAAAUUCUCCCCGCAGGAUGGACGUAUAUUUUGUGAUUCACCCGGAAGAUAAUGAUUCUUACAAGGCUUUUGAGAAUUCUUUUAAAUCUGCUGAAAUGCUUCUGCACAAACCUAAAGAGAUGAACACGACUGAUCACACCCAAAUGUCACCCUCACCACAUGAAGAGGAACCAUGUGCGAUUAUUCUUGGCCAGAUGAUAGAAGAAAUUCAGGAUGCAGAGUCAUGGCUGAGAAAGAUACUCAUACAUCCUGAACAUGUGACCAUACAAAAUAGCCAUAUUUUUUUGUUUGGGCUAAAGGAGCAUGAGGCAUUGGUGUCUCCUGAGAUGUCCAAAGUCUCUAUCUCAUUGAACAUGGAAGACGGGAGAGCCAUUCUGCAUAUUAAGGGAGCCCCAGCAGAUGUGAUGGAGGCAGCUCUGACAGUAGAGUUAAUGCUCACUGAAACUCAGGAGAAAUAUGCUGACACUCUGGAAGAUGAAUUGUUUCAGACAGCUGUACAGUGGUUCUAUGGAAAAAUGGCCUACCCUGCAAAAGCAAACAAGGAGAUAGAAAAGGCUUAUCAGAUGUCUCAGAAUACAAUUGAAUUAAAGAUCAGUGGGACAUUCCAUUUUAUACAAAUUAAAGACUUAACAGCAAAAACUUCAAAUCAAACAUUUCAGCUGAGCAGAGAGAGCUUAAUACAAGGCUCCCAGAAAUUAGUUCCGUUAUAUGAACAGGUGGAUUCACACAGCCAGGAAUUUAAGGAUCAAGCUAAAAAUUUUGAAAAAGCAAAUCUGGAAAUAAUCAAGAUGGUAAAGGUACAGAACAUGGUUUUGUCUGCAGUUUACCAGUCUAGGAAAGAUGGUAAACUAAAACAGGAUCAAAGCAAUAAGUUGUACUACCAUGUUCCUGGGCACUUCUGGAGACUGGUCUGUAAUGCUGGAUUCCAUAGACUGUAUCAAGACAGAUUAGAUUCAAAGUAUGGAGCUGGAAUUUACUUCAAGAAGACCCUUGGAAAUCUAAUGAAGGAGAUUAAAGUCACUGACCCAAACAGUGUGAUCUACAUAAUACAGUCAGAAGUUAAAACAGGCAGGUUUACCCGUGGUGAAGAAUCUCACAUUUUACCACCACCUAUGGAUUCCAAAGUUUUAGAACUUUAUGACAGUCUUGUAGAUUCACAAAGUAAUCCACAAACAUUUGUCAUUUUUGACCGUUAUCAAGCAAAACCCCAAUACCUAUUUACCUGUAAGGUUAAGGGCUAUUAUGGUUCACCUAUUUGAGCAAAAGAUGAGAGGUGACACAUUUGUUUUAGUUACAUGGGAUUUAAGUAGUAAAAAAAUGAAUACUAAUGCUAAGCAGUUCCCAUGUGAAAGUUAAUAUGUACUGUAUGCAUUAUCUAUCACUAUAGUUUUGUUAUGGAAAGGGUAGCUCUUGCAUCAAUUAAUCCUUAACCAAGUAGACAUACAAUAGGGCUUUCCAAACAUACCUGAGCAUUUAAUAAUUUCAAGUAUGUUUUUUUUUUGCGGGGGGGGGUGUCUUUUAAAUGCUUGUUUCUAAGAAGUGACAUAUAGGCAAAUAGAAAAGUGGUCGUUUGGGACAAUGUGUUUGCGGAGGAAUCCAAAUGAUCUCCACCCCUAUGCAUUUUGAAGGCACUGAUAGUCCUCUUUAUGGGUUAUGACACAGCAAUCAGGCUCUUAUUUAUAGUUUAUAGAAAUUCACACAACUGGUUUUCCUUAGUAAAAAGGUUCCUUAUUGUUGGAUGGAGCUGAUUAUAGCAAAUUAAUUAUUAGAUUUAUAAACAUACCCUGAGUUAACAUACUUUCUAUUAUUAAAAGGACAUUGUGCACUUUAAAAAAUGUCACAAAUCAUUAUAAAAAGUGAUAAGAACAGAUAUGGAAUACCGACAUGCACUAGAUAGAAAUGUAGUAAAGGAUUUACUUUUUGCCUUUUAAGAACACCGUUAUUGAUUGAUUUUAAAAGGACACAGAAGUAAAAAUUUAAAUUUCAUGAUUCAGUUACGUGCAAUUAACAAAAAAUAAAAAAAAUUGUCAAAUGUAUUUUUUUCACUUGGUGUCAUUUGUUUAAACGUUCCACCUUCUUAUGACAUAAUACAGAGGCAGACUCAGAAGUGUGCAUGCCUUGUGUAUUGUAUGUAUUAUAUGGAUACAUACAUGCAUGCUCCUGUGCCUACCUAGGUAUUCUGUUACAGAAAGAAGCUACAUUUCAACUGAUAAUACCAAGAGAAACAGGUACAUUUGCUAAUAAACCUAAAUUAGAAUUGUUUUAAAAUUGCAUUCUUCUUUUAAAGGGAAAUUGUAGUGCACAAUAUGACAUACUCUUAAUUUGUUACAGCAUGUCAUUUGUGCACUAUUCAGAAUACAAAGGGGUAAAAGUUCUAUGCACUUCAGCUCCUGAGCUGUAAAACCUGCUAGUGAUUGGCUGAGUCAUGCAACUGCUGCUGCUGAUCCACUCACAUUAAACACAUGGCGAGUAGUGCACAAAUGACAUGCGCUAAUGAAUCAGUGCAUGUUGUUUUUGAACUGUAAAGUCCCUUUAAAGUUGCAAAAAAAGUAAAUAAGCUUUGAUCACUGAUUGAGUUCCCUUUGCCUACAACCAAUUGUAUAAUUACUUUCUCUGCUUGUGAGUGAUUUUCAUGUUUUUAAAUAACUUUUAAUAAACACUAUUUGUCUGUUCUUUCACUUUC